UUCAGGUGCGCCUUAUAGUCCGAAAAUUACGGUACUAGUUGUCACACAUUCAUUAUGCUUGCAUUCAUUAUAUUUUCCAGAUGUAAGGACAACGUCGUCGGCCGUCAGUGUGACCGCUGCUCUCCUGGUUUCUAUGGUUACCCCAACUGCAGGCUAUGUGACUGCAACGACGCAGGAACUGAAGAGGAAGUGUGCGACUACUUCACAGGACAGUGUCUCUGCAAGGAGAACGUCCAGGGCUCCCGAUGCGAUCAGUGCAGAAUUGGUACGUUCCACUUGGACCCAACCAACCCCAAGGGCUGCACCAGCUGCUUCUGCUUCGGAGCCACGGACCGCUGCCGCAGCUCUGAGAAGAGACGCAUCGAGGUGAUGAACAUGAACGGCUGGGUGUUGCUUGGAGCAGACAAACAGGAAGUACCGGUCGCAGUGUAUCCGGGUCAGGACCUUGUGGAGGCCGACCUCAGCGAUGUGCCCGACGUCUACCAGGACCUGCACUGGCACGCACCAAAGACUUACCUGGGGGACAAGGUCUCAUCUUACGGAGGCUAUCUGAGGUACCGUCUGCACACUCAGACCAUGAGAGGAGACGUGCUGUCUCUGCCUGCUGAAGCCUCCAGGCCUGACAUCAUUCUCAAGGGUAACCAGAUGACCGUGGUGUUCAUGGAGCAUGAGUACUCCUCACCUGAAGAUCCUCACCUGGGAAUAGUUCACAUGGUGGAGGGAAGUUUCCGCCACGCUCAGACCGGUAACUCUGUGUCCCGUGAGGAGCUGAUGAUGGUCCUGGUGGGUCUGGAGUCCCUUCAGAUCCGGGCCCUGCACUCCCAGUCGGCCCACUCUGUGUCCAUACGCGGUGCCGUGCUGGAGGCCGCAGAGACCCUGCCUGCUGGUCGCCACGCCAACAACGUGGAGAUCUGCAUGUGCCCCGCCAACUACCUCGGAGACUCGUGUCAGAAAUGCGCUCCAGGUUUCUACAGAGACACUAUUGGUCUGUUUUUGGGGAAAUGUGUUCCCUGUAACUGUAACGGACACUCUGACCACUGUGUGGACGGAUCUGGAAUCUGUUUGGACUGCCAGCACAACACGGCCGGUGACCACUGUGAGACGUGCCGGGGUGGUUUCCUUGGCAACAACAGUCUUGACGGACAGGCGGUGUCCUGCUCCAGUUGCCCCUGCCCACUGAGGGUCGCCUCCAACAACUUUGCAGAGGGUUGUGUGCAGAAGACUGACAAUAUGCAGUGUCUGUGUAUGCCGGGUUACGCUGGCCCUCACUGUGAAAGGUGUGCCCCCGGUUACUACGGCAACCCCAUGGUGCUGGGCAGCAGGUGCCAGUUGUGUCAUUGCAGUGGCAACAACGACCCCAACAUGCUCUUCACCGACUGUCACCCUCUGACCGGCGAGUGUCUGAGCUGCAUGCACGACUCGGCCGGGCCGCGCUGUGACAUCUGCGCCCCCGGUUACUACGGAGACGCCAUCGACGCCAAAAACUGCACCAAAUGUAACUGCUCUCCAUGCGGCACCGAGUCAUGUGACCGCCACACUGGACAGUGUCGCUGUAAAGCCGGAGUCACCGGACCGCACUGCGACCGCUGUGAGGACAGCUCGUUCGGCUUCGAGUCGUGCUCCGGCUGUCGGCACUGUGACUGUGAGGCGUCUGCAGCGCUGGUGCAGCCGUGCGACCCUCAGAGCGGACAGUGCGCCUGCCGGCCCGGGGUCAACGGAACCAGCUGCAAACAGUGCGCUCCGGGACACUGGGACUACGGACCCAACGGCUGCAAGGAGUGCAGCUGUAAAGGAGGGCGCUGUGACCCCCGCUCUGGAGAGUGCCGCUGUCCCGACGGGAUGACAGGAAAACAGUGUGACUCCUGCUCAAGCAAAUUCAACGUACCUGUAGAGCAGCACCAUGGCAUGCACUGUGAACCGUGUGACAGCUGUGUCAUCGUCCUGUUGGAGGAUCUUGAAAAAAUGAGCGAGGACUUCCACUCGGUGACCGCUCAGCUGAGCAGCCUGAACGCCAGCUCCAUGGCCUGGGCUCAGCUGCACAACCUCAACAAGUCUGUGGAGAACGUCACU